AUGGAGGCUGUGAAGGACCUGCGGGACGACAUCAAAGAACGGUUUCCAAUGGGCAAUGGGCCAAGAAUUCAGCAACUCAAGGCAGAUCUUGCGACCAGCAAACAAGCCGGUCUCCCAAUCGUGGCAUAUAAUGGCAAACUGAAGCAAAUCUGGGAAGAACUUGCUAAUUACGAGCAAAUUCCGACAUGCGUCUAUGCAGGCUGCAACUGCAACAUCGCUCCAAAACUGGAGAAGAGACGAGAAGAAGAAAGAGUUCAUCAGUUUCUAAUGGGCUUAGAUGACUCAGUAUAUGGAACAGUGUGUUCCAAUAUUCUAGGCACCGAUCCGCUGCCAAACUUGAACAAAGCCUAUGCCAUGGUGAUACAAGAGGAGCGGCUGAAAACCAUGACCCCUAGCAAAGAAGAGAGAAAAGAAGCGAUGAGCUUUGCUGUGCAACCACAAAGUGGCACAAAAAGAACGGGACACGAUACAAAAGAGAAAUCUGGAGUGUGCACCAACUGCGAACGAACAGGACAUGAGGCCGAGAGUUGCUUCCAACUUAUCGUCUACCCGGACUGCACAACCGAGAAGUUGACAGGUAUGAAUUGGAUAAUUGAUACCGGAGUUUCACACCAUAUGACAGGAAACCUGAACCUCUUGCGUAAUACUGAGACCGUGACCGGUUGUCAGGUUGGAUUGCCCGAUGGAAAGCAUGUCAUGGCAAUAAAGAAAGAGAUCGUCAUUUUGAAUGAGCACAUGAAGCUUAUAGAUGACUGCACUUCGAGGAUGGUGAUUGGUGCGGGUGAACUACGCGGAGGGCUCUACUGCUUCAAAGGUGCGCGCUCAAGCAAAGUUCACAAAGCAAAGGUUGAAGCUUCAUAUGAGCUAUGGCACAAGAGAAUGGGUCAUCCCUCUGAGAAAGUAAUUAAACUUCUUCCUGAUUUGAACAUUAGAUGUGAUAGUAGAAAUAGGAUAUGUGGUGUUUGUUCAAAAGCCAAACAGACAAGAG